AAAAUACAAGCAAGUCACAGGGCAAACCUAUACAUACCUGCUUAGAAGUGAGUCACUUUGAUUUCCCUGGUAAGCACGCAUAGCCAGCACGAGGGAGCCACUGUCCCCAAUUGUUGGCUAUUCUGCCUGGCUGACAGGAUCCGCAGUCCGACAAUAUCUGGAGGGCCACAGCUUCCCCAUCUCUGGAAAAUAGGAUUACAACCUCAAUUUCUCUAUCAUCUUCCACCUGUCAUUCUGUUGGGCCUCAAUCAGGGCUGACUUUUGAGGUCCCUUCCAACUCUGGGAUGCUAGGAUGCAAUAAAUUAUCUACGCUGAGCAGGGAGAGUUUACCCCCUCCCCAACAAUAACCACCUCCCUGAAGUUUAUAUUGACAUCCGUCAGAAAGCAUCCCUUCCCACCAAUAGAUAGUUUGGUUUCUGAAGAUAAUGGGUUUUGAUGACUGGUAAGUUAAUAGGGACCCAGGUGGCGCUGCGUGUUAAACCACAGAGUCUAGGGCUUGCUGAUCAGAAGGUCAGUGGUUCGAAUCCCUGCAACGGGGUGAGCUCCUGUUGCUCGGUCCCAGCUCCUGCCCAUCUAGCAGUUCGAAAGCACAUCCAAGUGCAAGUAGAUAAAUAGGGACCGCUCCGGCGGGAAGGUAAACGGCGUUUCCGUGCGCUGCUCUGGUUCGCCAGAAGCAGCUUUGUCAUGCUGGCCACAUGACCUGGAAGCUGUCUGUCUCCCUCGGCCUAUAGAGCGAGAUGAGCGCCGCAACCCCAGAGUCGGACACGACUGGACCUGAUGGUCAGGGGCCCCUUUACCUUUACCUUAAGUUAAUAGCUACCAAAACUUUUCUGGCUGCAAGAAACAGUUCUGUAAUUUUUGAACGUAGCCACCAAAUGAGAGGGUUAAAAGUGUGCAGCUGUCAGAGAAGGAACUGUUGGAAGCUGGGGUGUGUGUGUGUGUGUGUGUGUGUGUGUGUGUGUGUGUGUGUGUGUUUAAUGGGCACUGUGACUGCUUUAAAGAGACCAGACCCCAAGGUUCAGAAUGUAUGUUACAUAAGUUUCCCAUUUGCCACCUUCACAAGAAAAUUCACCCUGUAAAAGAUUCUCCUUGGAAUUUCCUACUGCUCAGGGAAAUAGGGACCACAGAAUAGCAUGACCACUUCUGGGGAUAUGCAGGGUUUUUAUUGGACAGUGUGUCCCUCUGGUGACCAAAGGCUCUUUUGACUCAGCAGAGUCUUCCAUCCAGUGAAACAGGGAGAAAGAAGGCAAUUUUAGCAUAUUCACCUUCCUGUCUGGUGCCCCCUUCACCCUCUACAGUGUGGGAAGUAGCACGAGGGGCUGCAGGAGGAGGGUAAUUGGCAAAAAUAGCCUCCCUCUUCAGUCCACUGAGGAGACCAAAGAGAUUUCCAUCAGUGGAGUGAGAGCACUGGAAGCUGCCUUGGCUGUCCUCCAUUAGAUGGGCAGAUAGCUGAGACGAGGGGGAGAACCAUCCUUCACACACACCCAUCCCCAUUGCUAAAUUUGGGGCUGAUUUCUCAUUCCCUUUUCUAGGUGGCCGACUACAUCCCACAGCUAGCAAAGUGCAAUCCAGAGCUCUGGGGUGUGUCUCUUUGCACCGUGGAUGGUCAACGGUAUUCCAUGGGCCACACCAAGACGCGAUUCUGCCUGCAAUCGUGUGUCACGCCCCUAAAAUACGCCGUCGCCGUCAGUGAACUGGGCACUGACCGAGUGCACCAGUAUGUCGGCAAAGAACCCAGCGGGCUGCGUUACGACACGCUUUCUCUCGACGAGGAAGAUGGGCUGCAAGAAAGCUGAGAAGUUUGACUACGUGUUGGAUUAUUUGAAGAAGAUGGCCGGAAACGAGUAUGUGGGAUUCAGCAAUACCACGUUUCAAUUGGAGAAAGAAACCGGAGACCGGAACUAUGCCAUUGGGUACUAUCUUAAAGACAAAAAGUGCUUUCCACCGGGAGCGGACAUGACAGCAGCCCUCGAUUUGUACUUCCAGCUGUGCUCUGUGGAAGUGACUUGCGAGUCCGGCAGUGUCAUGGCGGCCACACUGGCCAAUGGUGGCAUCUGCCCCAUCACGGGCGAGUGUGUGUUGAGUGAUGAAGCCGUCCGCAACACCCUCAGCCUCAUGCACUCGUGUGGCAUGUAUGACUUCUCAGGGGAGUUUGCCUUCCAUGUUGGUCUACCUGCCAAAUCCGCCGUCUCUGGCGCCAUCUUGCUGGUAGUGCCCAACGUCAUGGGUGUGAUGUGUCUGUCGCCCCCUCUGGAUAAAGGUGGCAACAGCACAAGGGGGAUUGGGUUUUGCCAGGAAUUGGUCUCGCUCUUCAACUUCCACAACUACGACAACUUGCUGCACUGCACCCGCAAGAUGGACCCACGCCGUGAAGGAAUCGAAGUUAGAAACAAGACCGUGGUGAACCUGCUGUUUGCCGCCUACAGUGGCGACAUCUCUGCUCUUCGGAGAUUUGCCCUGUCAGCCAUGGACAUGGAACAGAAAGACUACGACUCCCGCACAGCUCUUCACGUAGCUGCAGCUGAAGGUCACCUGGAGGUUGUAAAGUUUCUGGUGGAAGCCUGCAGAGUAAAUCCUUUUGUCAAAGACAGGUGGGGGAACAUUGCCUUGGAUGAUGCUACCCAGUUUAAUCACUUGGAAGUGGUGAAGCUACUCAAAGAUUACCAAGACGCCUACAUAUUGGGAUCCAGCCAGGCCCGCAAAGCAGCUGAGAACCUUUCCAAGGAGAACUUAGAAAGCAUGGUGUGAAAAUCGUCAGCUAUUAUGUUAGCUGCAUUUCAACACAAAUUUAACUAGGUCAAUUGCUCUCAUUUCUGAAAGGAGGCAGACACACCAGUGGACUUACUUCUGCUUAGGAUCUGAGCUGAGAUAUGGGUGGGCGGGUCCAUCCUCAAGGCUCUUCCUGAAGUUUCAUGCGGUCAGUCUCCCAAUUCUUGGGUUAUAGGAAACACCUACACUAGUUAGUUCCAUGCACAAGCUGAAUACUUGGUGACACAGCUGUAAACAGAAACUGAGCUAGCAGCUAUUGGCGAGUAGGAUCUUGUCUCUUAAGAGCUGACACUUCACACUGCCUGUAAAUCUAAGCAGCCACUGCUACAUAGGCAAAAGGAAUUUAAGGGCCAAAGUAGGCCUGCCCCUUUGCCCUACACUGUUAUCCCCACUAAGUACUAUGAGUUUCUGUUGCUCCCUUCUUUCAAAUAAUUAGGAACCUCAGCAUGCAGUCCUAGUAUUUGUGUAACUCGGAUGGGGGAAGCUUUCAGGCUGUGAUUGCAGAGUUUUAUCUUUUUUAACAUCGCCAUUUGAUCCACAAUUUGUUAGGGUGGUUUGCAAAAGAAAAAUACUUUUAAAACACCAGCUUUGAAGACCAGAAAGGGACAAAGUGCACACCCACCUCAAGCAGUGCCUGCAAUGCUGGAGAUAAGACAAUCUCUCUGGGCCUUAGUUUCCUAGACAAACUAAACAUUGCCCUAACUUUCCAGACAAGCCCAAGGAUAAAAGUGGUAAGAUCAAGAGGUGUGGAGUGAUGUGGCAAUACGGGUAGACAGAGUUACAACCCUAAGCAUAUUUGUUCAAUAUUUAAGUGUUAAGUCCCAACUGAAUUUGCACGAGUCGAACAAGUCAGAAUUGAACUCUGGAAU